AUGUGGGAAAGUGUGGCCACGGAACUCCUGCAUUUGUGGACGAAUGGUGUGGAGCUGAUAUUGAACAAUGCAAAAGUCACAGUAUUUAUAUGUCUCACUGCAAUCAAAGGCGACUGGCCUCUGUUGGCCAAACUCGGCUGCCUCGAACGAUUCUUUGGCAGGAAGACGAAAUCAAGCAAUCAAGACAAAGCCAAAGGAAUAUGUCAUUUAUGCCUUGCCGGGAAAAGUGGUUUCCCGUUCCACGAUUGCAUGGAUACGGCUCUUUGGCGAGCUACUUUUCUUCAACACAGCCCAUUCUGGCAGCCGUCUCCAUUCGCUUGCUUGCCAUAUCAUCAGCCACUGCUAUACAGAUUUGACGUCUUUCAUGUUUGUCACAAGGGGGUGCUUGCAGAGCUAGCAGGCAGUGGGCUCGUGGUUCUCAUGGACCUUGGAAAGGCUGGCCCCGGAGAUGUUCACGUGCAACUGGCUACUCUGUACGAAGAGCUGGUCAGCUUCAGUCGAAGGAACUCGCUGAACCUUCAUAUGAGCUCACUGACACGAACUCUGGUCAACUUGACAAAGGAUGCUGACUAUCCUUGUGGGACAUGGUUCAAGGGGCAAGAUACAAGUAUUGUCAACAGAUUUCUCGAAGAGCGGUUCGGGACAUUGCUGGCCGAGGAGCCGUCUGAUUACGUUGCCGCCAUCCACGAGGCAGUGUCCAAGGCGAACUCCAUGAUGCGGCACUUGUAUGCUCAUGGGCUUUGGUAUCGGAGGUUCGAUGCGGAAGUGUUCGUACGGCAUACUUACGGCUUCAUGACGAAGUACUUGGAGGUCGCUUACAUGGCUUUGUCACAACGAAAAACACGUUUCAAGUUGACACCGAAGCUGCAUGCCUUCAAUCACAUAGCUGAUUAUGUGAGAAACGAUUUGGAGAAAUAUCCUUUGGCUCAAUGGCUGAGAAAUCCAGCCACAUGGUCAACUCAGCAGUGCGAAGAUUUCACAGGGAGGGUAAGUCAGCUCAGCACAGCUGUCAGCUCUCGGGCUUGCCACCGGCAAGUUAUGUGCAGAUAUGCAGUCAACUUGUGGAAGCACUGGUAG